AUGGCCGGUAGGCCCCCCGGAUCGCAUCAAGCCGCUGGCCACGAUGACGACCUCCUACUCGAAUCCAGCUCCAUCUAUAACUCCGGUCAACCGCCGCCCGUGAAUGACGAGCACCUACUUCAACAAUACAAUAUCGACGACUCCGACCAGCCCCAUGCGCAGCCGCGCCCUUCCGUAUCCUACGACAACUUCGUCGGCAGCCGGGCGCAGCAAGCCGGAAUCCAACACAAUGCAGUUCCUGGCCCUGCGCAUGUCGCCCACUCAGGCGUGUACGAGAGUGACCCUUACUCUGAUGAGCCGGCCACUCGGACCUACUCGCAAAAUUCCGGACUCGACAACUACCAGCGUUAUUCCUUUGACGAACUAGAGGACUCACACUCCGGAUACUAUGACCUUGACCCCCAUGAAGAUCGGAUACCGAGCGCCGCUCAUGUCCGGAAGGCGAAUGAGCGGAAUAGCAUUAUGGGGUUAGGAGGUGGCAUUAUGGGAAAGGCGAAAUACAUGUUUGGAAUGGGGCCGCAGUACUCCGAGAUGGAUCUGCCUUUAACAGAGGCCGGCGCGCGAAGAGCAACCGUUGACAGCAGCGAUGCGACAGCCGUCCCGAAAUCUAAAAAACAGUCUGGCGCAUCUGGUUUCGCGUCCAUAUUUAACCGAAAGGUCGACCCAGCAAGCCUAGGUCCCCGUAUCAUCCAGGUCAAUAACCCUCCUGCCAAUGCCACGCAUCGGUUCUCCAGCAACCAUGUGUCGACCGCGAAGUACAACAUCAUCACCUUUAUUCCCAAAUUCAUCUUUGAGCAAUUCUCGAAAUACGCCAACCUUUUCUUCUUGCUCACCGCCGUCCUCCAACAAAUCCCGAAUGUGUCGCCGACAAGCAAGUACACCACUAUUGUGCCGCUGGCUAUUGUGUUAGCGGUAUCCGCUAUCAAGGAAUUGGUAGAAGAUUACAAGCGACGAAUGUCGGAUCGGGGCUUGAACUACUCCAAGACGCAGGUUCUCCGCGGGUCUUCUUUCCACGAAACGAAAUGGGUAGAUGUGGUAGUUGGCGACAUCGUUCGAGUUGAGUCCGAGCAGCCAUUCCCGGCGGAUUUAGUCCUCAUGGCAUCAUCAGAGCCCGAGGGACUAUGCUAUAUUGAGACAGCCAACUUGGAUGGCGAGACCAACUUGAAAAUCAAGCAGGCCAUCCCCGAAACAGCUGAUUUGGUUAGCCCCAGUGAUUUGGGUCGGCUUAGUGGAAGAGUUCGCUCUGAACAACCCAACAGCAGCCUCUAUACCUACGAAGCUACCUUGACUAUGACCGCUGGCGGUGGCGAAAAAGAGUUGUCUCUCGCCCCGGACCAGUUACUCCUUCGUGGCGCAACUCUGCGCAACACACCUUGGAUCCACGGUAUUGUUGUUUUCACUGGACACGAAACUAAGUUGAUGCGCAAUGCAACAGCCACUCCCAUUAAACGUACUGCUGUGGAGCGUAUGGUCAACGUCCAGAUUUUGAUGCUUGUCUUCAUUCUCGUUGCCCUCAGUGUUGUCAGCUCUGUUGGUGACUUGGUGAUUCGUAAAACCAGAGGCAGCACACUUGCCUACCUGGAUUAUGGAGAUACCAAUACCGUCAAGCAAUUCUUCUUGGAUGUGUUUACCUACUGGGUGCUGUAUUCCAACCUGGUCCCCAUCUCUCUCUUUGUCACCAUUGAAAUCGUCAAAUACUUCCAGGCCUACCUCAUCAACUCCGAUCUAGAUAUCUACCAUGUCGAGACAGAUACCCCUGCAACAUGCCGUACAUCCUCUUUGGUUGAAGAGCUUGGCCAGAUUGAAUACAUCUUUUCUGACAAGACGGGAACUUUAACCUGCAAUCAGAUGGAAUUCAAGCAGUGCACAAUCGGCGGCCUCCAGUACGGAGAUGAUGUCCCAGAAGACCGACGGGCUUCCCCAGGAGAGGAUUCCGAGUAUGGGAUCUAUGAUUUCAAGACCCUUCGACAGAACUUGCAGUCGCACCCCAGCCGUCAACUUAUCGACCAGUUUCUCACCCUCUUGGCCACAUGCCAUACGGUCAUUCCUGAACGCACUGGGAGCGAUCCCAACGAUAUCAAAUACCAGGCGGCCUCACCUGAUGAGGGUGCUCUGGUAGAUGGUGCUGCUACUUUGGGAUACCGUUUCACAAACCGUAAGCCCCGAUCAGUGCUUUUUGAAAACGGCAACGGAGAACUGGAGUACGAGCUUUUGGCCGUGUGCGAGUUCAACUCGACUCGUAAGAGAAUGUCUACCAUUUUCCGAUGCCCAGAUGGCAAGGUUCGGAUCUACUGCAAAGGUGCCGACACGGUCAUCCUGGAGCGGCUCCACGCGGAUAAUCCUUCCGUCGAGGCAACCCUCCAACACCUCGAGGAGUAUGCUUCGGAGGGUUUGCGUACUCUUUGUCUUGCCAUGCGAGAAAUUCCGGAAGAUGAAUACCAGCAAUGGUGGCAAAUCUUCAACAAGGCCAACACGACUGUGAGCGGAAAUCGCGCUGAUGAACUUGAUAAAGCGGCUGAACUAAUUGAACGCGAUUUUUUCCUCCUUGGUGCCACCGCCAUUGAGGAUCGACUGCAAGACGGAGUGCCUGACACUAUUCACACACUCCAGACCGCAGGAAUCAAGAUCUGGGUUCUGACUGGUGAUCGUCAGGAGACUGCCAUCAACAUCGGCAUGUCCUGCAAGCUUAUCUCGGAAGACAUGACACUUCUCAUCAUCAACGAGGAGUCGGCAGCAGCUACACGUGCCAAUUUGCAAUCAAAGUUGGACGCAGUCAAGACUCAAGCCAGCUCCGGUGAUAUUGAGACCCUGGCUUUGGUGAUUGACGGCAAGUCUUUGACAUUUGCCUUGGAGAAAGACAUGGAGAAGCUGUUCCUGGACCUUGCCGUCAUGUGUAAAGCCGUGGUCUGCUGCCGUGUAUCUCCUUUGCAGAAAGCCCUGGUCGUCAAGCUGGUCAAGAGACACUUGAAGUCCCUGCUCCUGGCUAUUGGUGAUGGUGCAAACGAUGUUUCUAUGAUCCAGGCAGCUCACGUUGGUGUCGGUAUCAGUGGUAUGGAAGGUCUCCAAGCCGCUAGAUCGGCCGAUGUGGCAAUUGCACAAUUCCGUUUCCUCCGAAAACUUCUUCUGGUUCACGGAGCCUGGAGUUAUUCUCGUAUCAGUCGCGUCAUCUUAUACUCGUUCUAUAAGAACAUCACUUUGUACAUGACACAAUUCUGGUAUUCUUUCCAAAACGCCUUUUCUGGAGAAGUUAUCUACGAGUCGUGGACACUAUCUUAUUACAACGUACUUUUUACCGUCUUGCCCCCCUUCGCCAUGGGAAUCUUUGACCAGUACAUCUCCGCUCGAAUGUUGGACCGAUACCCUCAACUGUACCAGAUGGGCCAGAAGGGUCUCUUCUUCAAGAAGCACAGCUUCUGGGCCUGGAUUCUCAAUGGUUUCUUCCAUUCCCUCCUCCUCUACAUUGCUUCUGAGUUGAUCUUCCUCUGGGAUCUUCCCAUGUAUGAUGGCCACGUCGCUGGUCAUUGGGUCUGGGGCGAGGCCUUGUACACCGCUGUUUUAGGAACAGUUCUUGGCAAGGCCGCUCUGAUCUCAAACAUCUGGACCAAAUACCACUUUAUCGCCAUUCCUGGAUCUCUGCUUCUGUGGCUUAUAUUCCUUCCAGCCUAUGGUUACGCUGCCCCCGCCCUUGGAUUUUCCGUUGAAUACUACGGCACUAUCCCCGUUCUCUUCAAACUUCCCGCAUUCUACCUGAUGGCUAUUGCCGUUCCCUGUUUGUGUCUCAUGCGUGACUAUGCUUGGAAGUAUGCCAAGCGCAUGUACUACCCCCAACAUUACCACCACGUCCAGGAGAUUCAGAAGUACAAUGUGCAGGAUUACCGUCCUCGCAUGGAGCAGUUCCAAAAAGCUAUUCGAAAGGUCCGCCAGGUACAGCGUAUGCGCAAGCAGCGCGGUUACGCCUUUUCACAAGCCGACGAUGGUGGUCAAAUGCGUGUGCUGAAUGCAUACGAUACCACCCAAGGUCGUGGACGUUAUGGUGAGAUGGCGAGCUCCCGACCCACGGGCUUAUGA